GCACGUUCUCGGGAAGGGCACGGGAUUAUAUUGACGUCAUGACGACAGACUCGAGACAAAUUCCCGCUACUCUGUAGCGGGUCUUGGAUGCGUAGACUGAAUGGCCGUGCACAAAUAUUGCUCAUCACGCUUACCACAGCUGAACGCUGGAAACCUCCUGGUUCAUGUCCACGUGCUUUACAACCUGGCUUAUCCAAUCUCCCCACUUCCCCCGCCUCGACACCAAGUGCACUCUCCCCUCUCCGUACUCUUGCACUACACCAUGUCGUCUUCUCCCAACUUAGCGUUUUUUCACGGUUCGUGGCCAUUAAUUUUCCUAACCAAUGACGGGGUUCCCAAUUACCAUCUCACCAAAGAAACGAUAGCUCACGGCCUGUAUGACUUCUCGUUGACGAUCAACGAUCAACGGAUUUUGCUCUUACGCCACAUUCUCUGUGCUCAUUGCUAUUCCAGCUGUCUAGAUGCAUGUGUUGCUCACCGCUCUCAAUAUCCUUCGCGUGAUCUCUUUUGCCGCGCUCUGUUUGAGUACCUCCUGUCUUCUCAUGCUUUGCACGCCCUUUGUUACUCCGUGUGCAUCGCUCUUUAUGCUAUCGACCCUAAUCAAUCGCUCCCCUCUUUCGAUGCCUGCCGUGAGUUUUUGCUAGGUUUCAAUGGCAUCCACCAACAAUUCCCCAAUCGGUUCUCAACCUUGCGAUCACUUGAACGUCUCUCUCGGUUUCAACUGCUCGCGCUUUGUCGGUUUCAUGGUUUACUUAACACUCUGACUUCAAAAUACCCACCCCAUGAACAUUUGCGUACGAUCGUGUUUGAACAUACCCUGAUGAAGAACAACUCCGGAUCCUUCUCACUUCCACGGACAUUCACAUCUAAGUGCCACAGUUUUGAAGAACAAGGGCAUCAUUGUGGUGUGCACUGUAUCUGACUGACUUCAAUACAAUGUCGCCGAUAAGAGUAGCGGGUAUUGCCGCAGCAGGCGGCGUCCAUCAGUUAUAUGCGUUACUCUGCAC